GAUUCAGAGCAUUGUGCCUCUAUCCCCAAACCCACAAGGCCACAUCCUCCUAUGCUCUUUCUGACUCUCUCUGUCCUUCGAAGAUUUCAAUUUUUCCCCACUCGACUCUUCAAUCAAAACCCCUUUCCUCUCGUUUUCAUAAUCUAAUUCAUGGUUUUUGUUUCUAGGUUUUUGCUUUAUUGAAUCUAACGUUUUUUUCCUUCAAAGUAUUUUUAGGGUCUAAGAAGAAAAUUCACAACUUGAUGGGAAGUCGCAAGCCCAAAUCCUCCAAACGGAAAAGCUCCAAGGCUUUGCAAAGUAAGAGAAGUAGAAGGAAUAAAUCAAAGAAGAAGCCUUCACGCCAUGACCAUUCCGAUUUAUCUUACUCGGAUGAUGAUUCUGUAAGUUCAGUGUCUUCCUACUCGUCCAGUUCAGAAGAGGAUUAUAGAAGUAGGAAAGGUCGUUCACGCUCACGAGCUGAUGUGAAAAGUAAAAAGAAAAGGGCUGAGAGGAGAGUAUCAUCAGACCGAGGGAGCAGUGAGGAUUCAGUCCCUACGAGGAAAAGGAAGAGGUCAAGGAGAAAACACAACUCUGAAUAUAAGAGGAAGUCUCAAAAGAAGCGAAGGAGAGAUGCAAGUAUCAGUUCUGCUACUAGUGAUUCUUUGAGCUGCUCGAGUUGUGACUCUGAGUAUGAAAGCCUGAGGGUUAGGUCUAGAAAAAAGAUAAGAGAUAAGAGAGAUUCGGAUAAACAUAAAAUUGGAGCUAGGAGAAGUAGAAGUAAAAGUAGAAGCAAGUCUGUUAGUUCUCCUCCAAGCGAGGACCGUUUCAAUUUCCAUAGUGAUAGUCAGAAAGGAGAGGAACACGAGUGUGAAAAUAAUGUUAGACGCCGCUUAAGAUCCGUCAUUACUGUUGUACAACACCCACAAGAGGAUGAGGAGAACCAAGUGGCAAGAGAUCGUGAAGAGGAUAUAUCUGAAAAUAAUGACAGCGAUAAUGGAUCAACAAUAAAUAAGUUAGCAUACCAUUCUGAUAUUUUAUCUGAUAAGAGCAGGUUGGUAGAAGACACGCCAGUUCAGGAAUCUUCAGGCAGUGAUGACCUUGAGCUGAUAUUGAGGCAAAAAGCCUUGGAGAAUCUGAAAAAGUUCCGAGGAAUGGUUCAAACAGAAGGUUCUAAGGAUGUGCACCUAACGGGAGAGAGCAGCAGGCAUGGAUUGAGUAGAGAGGUAUUGCAUCCCACACUGGUUGAAAGUGAGAAUGCAACUGAAGAAUACAAGAAAGUUGAAUCUGGAGUCACUAAACAGAGUCAUAUUCAACAAUCUGAUAGUUCUGGAAUCUCUAAGAGUGUUAACGGAGAUGGUGGCAUUAAUGAACCUAUUGUUGAUGAAUCUAAACCUGGCUUACAAGCAAUGCAGGAUGAAUCUUUGCACAGUUACUCAACACUUGAGCAAGCAUCUCCUAAGGCAAAUCCAGACUGCAAAAGCAGUGCAGGUAAAAUUCUUGCACCGAGUUGUCAACCAUUGACCCAUAAUUCUGCCAAGGCUGAACCAACUUCUAGCAUUAGACCAGUGGAAGAUCAAAGAUCAGAAAACCAGCAAGCUGAACCAACUUCUAGCGUUAGACCAGUUGAAGAUCAAAGAUCAGAAGACCAGCAAGCUGAACCAACUUCUAGCAUUAGAGCAGUGGAAGAUCAAAGUUCAAAAGGCCAGCAAGCUGAAGCUAACGAUAGCUCACACUUUCAGCAAAAGACAAUGUCUGUCAUGAGGAGUGGUGAAAUGGUACAGGUGAGCUACAAGGUGUACAUCCCUAAAAGAGCUCCUGCUUUGUCUAGGAGGCAACUGAAACGAUGAUACAUUGAGUUACUAUUCUUCAACCUGGUACUCUUCAUGGCAAUUUAGAAUAUUAUGAAUCAACAGACCGAAACUGCAUGCGUAGAUUAUGGUUUUUUUUCUUUAAAGUUUUUAUUUUUGGUGCAUAGAUUUAGGAAAAGUUACUCGAACUGAUAAAUCUUCCCUACAAAAAUUUAAAGACAAAAAAAGACUAUUUAGUUAUUUCAAUGAAACAUUGAUGAGUCCAUGGGCAGGAUUUUCUUGCUUUCCACAAAAAUGAGAACUUUGUGAAA